AUGAUCUCCUCAACUGUCUCUCGAAGUUCGAUGCGGAUUGUUGCUCUCCCUCUAACGCGAAUCAACACGUCGGCGACGAUAAAACUGCCCCGUCCAACCUUCUAUCGAUUCAAUAUAACGCCCCCACCGCCUAAGCCUUUGCUGCCGCGAACAGGGUGGUUGGCGGACUAUCUACCGCAAGAGGGAAUUGGUAAAUGGGUGUCGAACAAAGCCAACCAGACGUGGAUUAGCUGGGGCGCAGCGCCAGAAGGGAGCAUUAAGCAACGUGCAUUCCAAAUUGGCGAACGACUUAUGAGCCAGCUUGAUUUCGAGGAGACAAAUUUGAAGAGCCUCGAUCUUUCCAUCGCCCCGCCACUCCAUGCUCAAGAGAAAGCCCAUGAUAUUCCGCUUUUCUAUCCACCAACUAUGCUAUCCGGUCCACAAUCACUAGAAAAUCUGAAGACACUGGUGGAGCAACGAAUACCGAUACAUAGUCGCGGCAUAUACCUGUGGAUCUUUUUUGGUGUCCUCUCCGCCCCGCUGAAGCUUAUUCCUAUAAUACCUAAUUUUCCGUUUUACUUCUGCGCCUGGCGAACAUGGUCUCAUGUCAAAGCCCGUCGUGCUGCCCGAUAUAUCAAGUCUCUCAUAGACAGCAAACGUGUCGUUCGGAGGCACUGCAUGAUCUGA